AGAAGAAAAACAGUAAAAUUAUUCAGGUGUGAAGCGAAAAAUAUCGUAGCAGACAUAAACGCAAGGAAAAUCCAUUUUGUCACUGGUUACGGAUCUUUUUUCGAGCUCCGGCGAACGUUUCGACCGGAUUGCAGUGCAGGUUGUCACGGAUUGCGACAAAAACGAUCUUCGGAAGGCGCCACCACCAGUACGCAACACUUGUAACCAUGUCCGGAGUGAAUUUAACACGCAACGAAGUGGUACAAUUCGUUCUACGUAUUUCGCUGCUAUCAAUCGUCACGUACUACUCGGCGAAAUGGUUGAUUCGCAAUCUGGAUCCUUCCAACAAGAGCAAAAAGAAAGCCAUCGAACACGCGGAGGACAUUCUGAGGAAGUUGGCUCCUAGUAUGAAAAAAUCGGCAUUACAAAACUUGAACGAGUAUGAAAUGGUCAUUGCAUCACAUUUGGUAGUGCCAGAAAACAUUGCCGAGAGUUGGGACAGUAUUGCCGGGCUUGAUGAUGUGUGCCAGGAAAUAAAGGAAAGUCUCGUGUUUCCAGUGUGCCAUCGUGAUAUGUUUGCCGGAUCGGCACUCUAUCAGCCUCCGAAGGGUGUGCUUCUUUACGGUCCACCUGGUUGUGGUAAAACUCUGAUCGCCAAGGCAACAGCAAAGGAAGCUGGUAUGCGUUUUAUAAAUCUCGACGUUGCGAUGCUGACGGACAAGUGGUACGGUGAAUCGCAGAAGCUGGCUUCAGCUGUGUUUACACUGGCGGUUAAAAUUGAACCGUGCAUCAUCUUCAUCGAUGAGAUCGAUUCGUUCCUGCGAGCGAGAAACUCUUCCGAUCACGAAGCGACCGCCAUGAUGAAAACACAGUUCAUGAUGCUUUGGGACGGACUCAACACCGAUUCCGAAUCAACCAUCAUCGUGAUGGGUGCCACCAAUCGUCCGCAGGAUCUUGACAAAGCCAUUCUGCGCCGAAUGCCAUCCCAAUUUCAUAUUAGUCUACCGACCGAAGAACAGCGGCUGAAAAUUCUACGGCUUAUCUUGCAAAACGAAAAGGUUGCACCUGACGUGGAUUAUGUGCAGCUUGCGCGCGUGACCGCCGGAUACUCCGGUUCGGAUUUGAAGGAAAUCUGUCGUAACGCGUCAGUCCAUCGGGUACGCAAAGUGAUGAAAAGCAAGGCCGCGGUCCUUGCGGUGACAAACGGAACUGCCGGUGGUUCAUUGUCGAACGGUGAGUGUAAUGGGGUGGCACAGAAUGGUACAGUAGAGUUCAGUACGCCCGCCAUUACGAUGGAAGAUCUGGUAGAGUCGUUGCGUAGUAUGAAACAAUCCAAGUUUACGACCGGAGUGCUGAACGAUUCUAGAAUCGAUUUGGAUUAAAGCCGCCUACUCGGGUUGUUUCCCAGCAGGUAGUAGAUUAAGAUAAUCCCAAAAGCAGAAUGUAGGAUGUAGCAACGGUACGAUAGUAGCAAGAGAUAGAACAGUAAAUAAGCACCUAAAUAGCUUAACAGUGGUGAUCUAAGUCGCAGAACCAGAUACAAAAAAAAUUAGACAGAAAAUUGAAUUCAUAACAAAAAUCGAACGCUAAUUUCUCAGUUGUUAGUUGCGUAAAGUCGUCGAAUAGAACUGCAAAAAUGUUGGGUGAUGAUUAUUCGCUGUGGAUCCAGUUCCAAUACACUUAUUAUAAGCUACCAUUAUUAGGCGACACGGUGCAAAAAAGAACUUGUGUCAGUGUGCGUAAGUUUAUCCUUGUAUUUAUCCUUCAUAGGAAAUGUUGAAUUUACGAUUGUUGUUCACAAAACCAUUAACUGUAAACACGUUUAAACGCAAUUGUACUGCACACAAACCGCCACGGCAACACGUCGCAUGUGAAAAAAGAGCAUUAACUAUAUGAUGAAAUUCGCAAAUGUAGCUGACGGCUUAGAAGGAAAUGUAUGAACUUAGAAAUAGAACUCUGCGCCAGAAUCGCUUCACCUGUAAAUGGGUUCGUAGUGCUGGAAUUGUUUAUGUAGGGUUUAAUGGGUUUGAUUGAUACAGUUGUUUGUUGUUUUACCACCUCAGUUCAACCUAAUUUUCGUGUGUGUGUAUUUUGGUUGUUAGCUUUUACCCAUUCGUCUCUCGAUUGGUGGAUUCCGUUUGAUGGCAUCUUAAAAUAUAGGCUUAGCGUAAGGCUGGUAAUUGUACAACCAGUUGUAGAUACUUUCAGUUUGAAGUCCACGGCGUAUAGAAAGGAAUAAGAGUUAAUAAUUAAAAGCUGAAUAAAACACGAUUGA